CUCCACUUGUUUCUCUCUGCAAAUCCGCCACUACUCUCAUUGCAUGCUAAUGAUCUGCAUCUUCAAUGGAUCCUCCUCCCUCCGAUUCAACUCUCCCUCUCCACUCUGACGAUGACCAGCGAGUCUACUUGGUUCCUUACAGGUGGUGGAAAGAUGCUCAAGAAUCAACAUUUGAUUCAGAUGGGAAGAGAGGGAUUUUGUACACAGCAACACCGGGGCCAUCCUAUGCAGGUCCAAUGAAGAUCAUUAACAACAUUUUUAAUUCCGACCUUCUUUUCAAUCUGAGGAGAGAAGAAGAUUCUUCGCAAAAUGGCGAAAAUGGUGAAGUGGGGGUCUCCGGACGGGACUAUGCAUUGGUCCCUGGGGAAAUGUGGUUGCAGGCACUCAAAUGGCAUAGUGAUGCUAAAGUUGCAACAAAUAAUGGAAAAAGCUUUUUGGCUGCACAAGAUGAUAUGGCAGAUGUCUAUCCUUUGCAACUUAGGCUUUCUGUUCUGCGGGAACAAUUUAUUGGAGUAAAAAUUACCAAAAAGGACAAUGCGGUUGAGCUCUUCAGAAGAUCAUGCAAGAUCUUCAGUAUCGAGUCUGAGCUGUUACGCAUCUGGGACUUUUCUGGACAGACAAUCUUGUAUUUUAUGAAUGACAAAAAUAAGUUUCUGAAAGAUGGUCAGCGGCAGUCAGAUCAGGAAAUUCUCCUGGAGUUGCAAAUUUAUGGGUUGUCAGAUUCCAUAAAAUGUAGAGAAGGGAAAAAAGAUGAAAUUGAAGGACAACAUUCUAAUGGGACAAGUUCGUCUUGCUGUACUUCAAUUAUGAUGAAUGGUACCACUGGCAAUGUGAAUGGCAAUUUGGGUCGUAAUAACUCUAUAACUUUCUCUGGAAAAUCUGGUGAAGCUGGGUCUUUGGGAUUAACAGGAUUGCAAAACCUUGGAAAUACUUGCUUUAUGAACAGCGCCCUUCAGUGCUUAGCACACACUCCAAAGCUUGUUGAUUACUUUCUUGGAGAUUAUUGCAAAGAAAUCAAUCAUGACAAUCCUUUAGGCAUGGAUGGUGAAAUUGCUCUAGCCUUUGGAGAUUUGUUAAGAAAACUAUGGGCUCCUGGAGCAUCUCCGGUGGCACCAAGAACAUUUAAGUCAAAGCUUGCUCAUUUUGCACUUCAAUUUAGUGGAUUUAACCAGCAUGAUUCUCAAGAACUCCUUGCAUUUUUGCUGGAUGGACUUCAUGAAGAUCUCAAUCGUGUAAAAUAUAAGCCUUACGUAGAAGCCAAGGAUGGAGAUGAUCGAUCAGAUGAAGAAGUUGCUGAUGAAUAUUGGCAAAAUCAUCUGGCUCGGAAUGACUCAAUCAUUGUGGAUGUGUGCCAAGUAAGGAUCUUUUUUCAGGUGUCCUCAUGA